CUCCAUCCUCUUUCAAAAUCAUUUCCAAAAGUAAGGAAAAAAAGAAAAAACAUUCCACCGUCACCACUCACCAGUCUUUCAAAUUCUCCAUUUGCUUCCUUUAUUGUGCCCUAACUAAAACCCUUUUCACUUCCUCCAUUAAAACCCGCCAUUUUCACCUCUUCUUCCUCCUUCCCUCUCCUCAAUGACGUCACAUUCCUACUCUCUUGAUUCUCAAUCGAAAUCUUCCGACCUUGCGGCAAAAUUCUUCGACGCCAAUUCUCCGACUCAAAUCGUCGCCGCAAUCGCCGCCGUCGAAUCUCACCUCACUACUCAUUCCGCUGAUCAAAAUCGCCAUUUUUUCUCCAUCGCUUUUCCGGCUUUUCUCUGUAAGUUCUUUGGCUUUGAUGUUUCUUCUUCGUCUUCAUCUUCUUCUCCUAAACCGCCUUCUCCUUCCGGUUGGAUCGAUACAGUGUCGUUGUUGAACGAUUCCGACCUCGCUGGUAAACUAUUCAACCUUUUGUCUCCUCAUGGAACCCUAAUUAACUCGAUUAUGGCUGUUGAUCGAUUAUCUCUUGUUAAAUUUGUGUUUCCGGCUGAAAGGUUACCUGAGUGGGUUAGGUUUUUGCUUUCUAAUGAGAGAGAUUGUCGAAUGUUAUCUGAUUUGUGUCCGUUGUUUAAAGGUAGGAUUAAAGAGGAUGAAGUUAAAGGGAAUUUUCAAGUUCAUUUGAAUGUUUUUGAGUAUUUUAUAUUUUGGUUUGCUUAUUAUCCUGUUUGUAGAGGUAAUUCUGAAAUUGCUGGAACUAUUUCUGUUAGAAGUAGUAGGAAGUCUAAGCUGGAGAAUUGGUCGAUAUCCAUUCCGGUGAUUUCCAGUAGUGGUAAACGCAUGUCGGAGCAGAAGAGUAAUUGUAAUUUGUAUAUGAAGCUUUUGUAUGCAUAUCUUCGUGCUUUUGUCCCUAUCGAUGAUUUAAAUGCACAUCAUCAACCUUACCGUAGUUCGCUUCUUCAUUACUCGUCUAGUUAUGAUGAUUCUGUUGUUCUUCGUGCGGAGUUCUUUGUUGAGAGUUUGGUUCAUUAUUGGUUGGUUGAUAAUGAUUUGUCGCCUUUGGCUGUGAAUGUGUGUAAAUCAUUUGGAUUGUCUUUUCCGUUUCGGUCAGUGUUGGGAGUGACCCCUCCAGCUUCAGGGUUGGGAGAGGUGGUGAAGUUGCUGGUGAACUACUUGAAUUUGAACUCUAUAGAGUUGGCAGGUUGGUCGAAGCAAGUUGAGUAUGGUGGUAGUCCAUCAUACAAGUUGAGUUCGAGUGAUUUUGGGAAAUCUAUGGAGGUUCAGUUUGUUUUGCCUAGUUUGCCAUCUGGUGGUUCCUGGAACUCCUAUAUCCAAAGGCCGGUGUAUAGGUUCCUUCUACGGACAUUUUUGUAUUGUCCUAUGGGGUCUUCUAUGAAGAAUAUUUCCGACGUCUUUUCUGUUUGGAUUAGUUACAUUGAACCAUGGAAGCUCAUCAAGGAAGAACUCAUAGAGCUUGAUGCAAUGACAGAUGCUUCCAAGAGGAAUCUGGACAAAGACGGUGGUGACUCCAACCAGCGACAAUAUUCAAUCACUUGGCAAGGCUAUGUGCUGUCCAAUUAUCUGUUCUACACGUCACUGGCUAUGCAUUUUAUUGGUUUUGCUCACAAGUUUCUUCAUACUGAUGCUGAAACAAUUGUCCGAAUGACAUCAAGGGUGAUCGACAUAUUAACAUCUUCGAAAGAGUUGCUGGAACUCUUAAAGAACGUUGACACCAUUUUUCAUUCAAAAACUGCUGCUGGGUCUGGUAAAUCAGCACCGAGUAAUUUGAAUAAAUUUAUUCCACAGAUACGUGAGCAACUAGAGGAUUGGGAGGAUGGCUUAAGUGAGAAUGAUGCAGAUGGUUCCUUCUUACAUGAGAACUGGAACAAAGACCUUAAGCUCUUUGAUAAUGGUGAGGAUGGUGGCUCUCAGCUGCUUCAGCUGUUCAUCUUGCGGGCAGAGACAGAGCUUCAGGCAAUCUCAGGUGAUAAUCUUGCGAACAACCUCCAGUACUUACAAUCAUUGAAAGAAAAGUUGCGCUGUUUAUUUGGUGAUCACGUCUCGAAGCAGCCUUCUUUGUCUCCAAGAACAGAGCAGCAUCAAUACUUCCGUGAUGAGCUAUUUAAACCUAGGAAGCUUGGAAAAGGUUCAAUUGCCAAUGGCGACUACAAAGGUGAUUCUUUAAGGCGACCAAUAUCAGAUUAUGAAGUUGCUUGGCUUGCAAAGCUUCUGAUCCACUUAUCAGUCUGGCUAAAUGAAACUCUAGGGCUAAAUCAUAGUGAAGUUGGUGUUAGUUGCCCUUAUGUGGAAAUACAAACUAAUGCGGUUAAUGAGUAUGGUUUGUCUGAGUUCUUGAAAGUUGUUAUGUGUUCCAUUGUCUCUUGGGUUAUAGCUAUGCGCUUGGCUAUAUCAAGGUUGAUGAUAAGACAUGGACUGAAGGUGAACCUCAGGGUCUUUGCCUCCAAGAAGUUUGUAUCGAUGGUGUUUAUUCUCGCCUUGUUUAACAUGCUGAAGAGGGCUAUGAGGUCAUUUUGGUAAACUGAGUAUAUGGAUUAGUAGAUACAAUCAUACAAUCAUACAAUCAUACAAUCAAGAAGAGUGUCUAUGACAAGAUUUUGCUGAGGUACUUUUAUUACUGUAAAUACGACUUGCACACAGGUAGGUUUGGUGAAAGAUAAUGGUUUUUAUAGGUUAUCUAGUUUGGAACUCGUUUCUGCUUAUUCCAUGUGUUUCUGUUUUACUGAGCCCACUCAAUGAAGCAGCUGCUUUGGUUAAUGUAGAAAAAUCCUACUGAAUGUGUUAUUUUGGAUCUUCCGUCUUCAAUGCCAUACUAGAAGCGUUGGCCUCGUAGUCAAGGUUAUUAUUAAACCAAGGUGGGAUGUCGAGUUUUUUACUUCAAAUCGUUGAUGUUACUGCAAAGGUUGAUUUUAUUAUUUUGAUUCUGGAACUGAGAUCUCAAUGCUGUUCAUCAUGCUGUACAUUGAUGAACCUUACAAUGUGGUUCUUUACGUAAGAUUUGAGCAAACCGACUGGAGCUAAGUAUUGGUAUCCCUACUCCUAUGGUCUAAACUAUGAUGAUUAAGUGAUCUAUGAUUGCAAAGGUAUGCAAUUGUAUUUGUUAAUUUCUGACCGAGCCUCCUCUGAGGGAUUCGUCAUUGUCUGUUGUCACUUUGGUGAAAUGAACAGUCAUUCUUAUUUAUAGGUAAGCAAUGUAGUUGUAUUACAAUUUACAGCCAAAAAUUCACUGUUUGGAGGUGCCAUUAAUAUAAUCUCACUGCUUAUAGCUGUGUUGUCUAUUGCUGUUGA